AUAGAAGAUGAAUAAUCUUUCAUUUAGUGAACUGUGUUGCCUGUUCUGUUGUCCACCAUGCCCUGGGAAAAUUGCUUCCAAACUGGCAUUUUUACCUCCAGACCCUACUUACACACUGAUGUGUGAUGAAAGUGGUAGUCGUUGGACUCUACAUCUUUCUGAGCGAGCAGACUGGCAAUAUUCCUCUAGAGAAAAAGAUGCCAUUGAGUGCUUCAUGACUAGAACAAGCAAAGGUAACAGGAUUGCCUGUAUGUUUGUGCGUUGCUCACCUAACGCCAAGUACACUUUGCUCUUUUCACAUGGAAAUGCUGUUGACCUAGGUCAGAUGAGCAGUUUUUACAUAGGACUGGGUUCUCGGAUUAACUGCAACAUAUUCUCAUAUGAUUAUUCUGGAUACGGUGCAAGUUCUGGGAAACCAACGGAGAAGAACUUGUAUGCUGACAUUGAUGCAGCUUGGGUGGCUCUUCGAACAAGAUAUGGAAUUCGCCCUGAAAAUGUGAUUAUAUAUGGCCAAAGUAUAGGAACAGUCCCAUCUGUGGAUCUUGCUGCUCGAUAUGAAAGUGCUGCUGUAAUUCUUCAUUCUCCUUUGAUGUCAGGAAUGCGAGUAGCCUUUCCUGAUACUAAGAAGACGUACUGCUUUGAUGCAUUCCCAAACAUUGACAAAAUAUCUAAAAUAACAUCCCCUGUGUUAAUAAUCCAUGGGACUGAAGAUGAAGUAAUUGACUUUUCACAUGGCCUAGCAUUAUUUGAGCGUUGCCAGAGACCUGUAGAACCACUGUGGGUAGAAGGAGCAGGUCACAAUGAUGUGGAGCUUUAUGGACAAUACCUUGAACGAUUAAAACAGUUUGUAUCACAAGAACUGGUCAAUUUGUAAAUUACUCUGUAAAUUUACAUGCUUUGUCAUUUCACUGCAGAACUGCACACUUUGAUAAUUACAUAACAUGAAACCUGAAGGUUGUGUUUUCAAAUCAUGGGAGUUGCCUUCAUUAAAUGUACAGGUAAUGAUUUGUUAACAUAACAAAUGAAGGUUUUAAUACCAGUAUUAUAAACUGGAAUGCCUGAUCAUGCAGUCAAGCUUGUGUAUUUCAUAUACUUUGUGUGAGGUUUCUUUUUAGGUGUACAAAAAAAUCACAAGGAAGAGUACUGUAUGAAAUUUUAAUUAUAUAAAAUCAGAUGCUGUAAAAGUGUUGCCAAAUGCUUUAGCAUAUCAGAAGCAAAUUUAUAAAUAUUUUUAAACAUCUCAAGAUGUACUGUGACUUACUCUGUUGCACAGGUGUAAAUUAAAUCAAACUUCUAAACAGCUGUCCUGUAAAAAUGCAAAUAGCCAUGACAUUUGAGCAAAUACUAGUGUAUAUAAAAUGAAAAUAGACAGUCACUGGAAUUGACCCCAGGCCCUGUUAUACAGGGAACAGGUCAAAAUGGCUCGUUUGGUUUUGUUGUCAGUGCAUUUAUUUUUUUUCAUGUCUUUGUGCUUUAACAUUGUCGUCUUCUUUUUUUUUUUUUUUAAACCUGGAAGGUUCAGCUUUUCCCCACUCAUCUAUUCCUCAGCUAUUCUAGCUAUUCUGUAAAACAAAGUCACAAAACACCAUUGAUCAAAACAAAAUCUCAUUCACAUGCUUGCUAUUGAGGCCACUGAGUACUGGUUUCUUGAAAUUACUAAGAUACUUAGAGCUUAGAGAAAUGUUGUGGACAACAUAGUUUUAAAUUGAUCAUGUAGAGAUGGAGUAUUUGGGUAGAAGAAACCCUGAAAAUGUAUCUAACUUUGAACAAUAUGCUUGCAGUUAUCUGUUCAGGUUUACUUUUAUGCGUUCAAGUGUACAACCAACAUUUUGAUUCACUAUAUGCAAGUUUUACUAAUCUGUUCCUGAACAGUGGGGGAGGAAAAAAGAAUGUUGACAUUUUUCUAUUAACUCAUAGUAAAAUAAAUUUUGUAAGUUGCCUUUCCCUUAAAUGAGUUUUGCUUGAAUAAACUAUGAAAGUUUAAAAACAAACUUAAAAUUAUAUGUAGCCUAAUUUGUAAACAAAGUAAUAUCCAACAAUACACACUGUGCUUCUAAUUUUAAGGCCUUAUUGUAGUUUAAUUGUUCUGCUUGUUUUUGUGAUUUGUCUGACACUAUUGUAUAAUUAAAUGUACUACCAAGUAUUGUGUGAAGGCUUUGGUUCGGAUGUGUUAAUUAACAGUAAACAAUAUUCCACACA